UUGCCAUGAGCCUUGGGCAGACAAAUCCCCGAUGUCCUACCGCGAAGGACGCGUGCAAGCUUAUACCGUGAUGCCUGUUGAGCAGGACUUCUCCUUGAUGACCUUCGUUUACGUCGACUAUACGCUUGCUCAGGUAUAAAAGCCGCAGAGAAUGUGGAUCGUAUUGGCAGAUCAAGUUGGACCAGCAAGUCUUGCGUGAUCAUCAACAUGCAGUACCUCUUCUCCGCAGCUGCCCUCCUUUCGCUCGCGUCGGGUGCCUACGCACAAUGUGGUGGCCAGACCUUCACUGGCUCUACUACGUGUGUUGCCGGGUACACCUGCACGUACUCUAAUGCGUACUACUCGCAAUGCUUGCCUUCCUCCGCGGCCAGUGGUACCACCACUGCACAUCCUUCCUCGAGCGCUACUCACUCUACUACUUCUACUAAAGGUACCGCUACUAGUACUGCGUCGGGUUACGUUUCGACCACCACCCCUGCCGCAGGCUCGGGUAAGGUGAAGUACGGCGGUAUCAACAUUGCUGGCUUCGACUUCGGCUGCGACACUUCUGGUGAUUGCACUGCCGCGAAUGCCUACCCGCCCUUGACGCAGUACUACGGACCUGACGGCUAUGGCCAGAUAACCCAUUUCGUCAAGGAUGACAACUUCAAUAUGUUCCGUCUCCCUGUCGGCUGGCAGUUCCUCACUAACAACGUCCUGACCGGUACCCUCAACUCAACCAAUUUCGCUGAGUACGACACCCUCGUCCAGGACUGCCUCGGCCUUGGCGCUCACUGCAUCAUCGAUAUCCACAACUACGCACGCUGGAAUGGUGAGAUCAUUGGCGAGGGCGGCCCCGCCAACUCGAUCUUCGCAUCUCUCUGGUCCUCCCUGGCCACGUACUACAAGAGCCAGCCCAACGUCAUCUUUGGCGUUAUGAACGAGCCUCAUGACCUGACCAGCGUCACUACCUGGGCUGGCACCGUUCAGGCUGCCGUCACUGCCAUCCGCAACGCCGGUGCAACCUCCCAGUACAUCCUCUUGCCCGGCAACGACUGGACCUCAGCUGCCACCAUCUGGUCCGAUGGCUCCGGCGCUGCCCUGCUCAACGUCACCAACCCUGAUGGGACCAAGACGAACCUGAUCUUCGAUGUCCACAAGUACUCCGACUCUGACAACUCCGGCACCUCCGCCACUUGCGUCACGGACAACAUUUCGACCGCAUUCGCCCCCCUGGCUGACUGGCUCCGUUCCAACGGCAGACAGGCGAUCAACUCCGAGUUCGGUGGUGGGAACAACGCCGGCUGUGUGUCCUACAUGCAGUCCCAGCUCGCCUACCUCAACACUAACUCUGAUGUGUACCUCGGCUGGACCGGCUGGGCUGCCGGAUCCUUCGCGGGUCAGAACUACGUGCUCUCUAUGGUGCCGACCAACACGUCCGGUGUCUGGACCGACACUAUGCUCGUCGCUCAGGCGCUGGUGCCCGCCUUCAACGCCUGA